UUAGUAGAGAUGGCGACUUUACAACAAAUUGACGAAAACAGACAGAAAGCAAUGGCUGAAUUAGAAAUAGAGGUUAUGAUGGAUAUGUAUAACAAACUGACAGCUGCAUGCCACAAGAAGUGCAUUCCACCGAAGUACAAGGAAGGAGAACUGACUAAAGGCGAAGCUGUCUGCCUGGACAGGUGUGUAGCAAAAUACUUGGAAAUACACGACCAAGUAGGCAAGAAGCUGACCAGCAUGUACAUGCAAGAUGAAGCUCUUAUGAAGCAAAUGCAGGCGGCUGCAACUCAACAACAACAAAGUAAAUAGAUAAUUAAAAUUAGCAGUCUAGGGAAAGCAAUUUGUAAUUUUAAGUAUACAGCAAUAUCGUUAUUUGUCACAAAGAAAGCAGUGACACUUGACCAAAAUUGUCGUAUUGUUGAAAUUAUGUUGUCAGCAAGUCUUGGCUUACCAUUCA